UCUUGUUGUUUUCCAGCUAUCCAGAUCCAUCCGCUCCAUGCGUUAUUAUUUGUUCGAGAAAGUAAACAAACGUCAGCUGAUGUACGUAAGACCCCCCGGUCUCAGCCUCAGCCCCAUUACCCGCUGGGAAUUUCAGGCAUCCACAGCCACGAAGGGAUAAAUAACAACCCACACCAAAGGCCAGAGACCAGAUACCAAAAACCAGAGACCAGAGACCAGAGAACCCAACUGUGGUGCUAACUGACACUCUGGCUAAUGCGGCCUGACAGUGUGUGGACUCUGUGCUCCUCGGAUCGCCUCGGACUCGGGUUGAUAUAAAACCCUGCGGCACGGCUGGGAGCCCGCACAGUCGUGGUUGGGCCACUUGGCAGACGACACCUCUACAUCCACUCCGGGACAGAGUGUAGCAGCAUCAUGGCCAUCGAGAUGCGGCGCCGGAUCGUUUUCCAUGGUCUCUUCCUGCUAAUCCUGCUGAUCGCUGGAGUACGAACCAAUGUGAUUCUGUGCGGUGAGGAGCUAACCGAGACUCUGUCCAGGAUAUGUCACUACGGCUACAGGCGAAAUGUGGGUCUCAACUCCAUCCCAGACAGAUCCCAUGAACUGAGCUACGAGGAACGUUCGCUCCUGGAUCGGAUACGAUAUGGGAGUGGCGUCAUGAGCCUAAAUGAAGCCUGUUGCUACAAAUCCUGCGCCAUGGAGGAGCUAUUGCGAUACUGUGCCGACAAGCCCGUUCCAUGAAGCCUCCUUCUCUUGCCAAAAACUACAGAAAAGAUCUGAAUAGAAUCCCCCUUAGGUCUUAGUUCGCCUGUAAAGCCCACUUAAAUAUCCUUCGGAUAUGAUGUGAAUGCACGCACUCAUUCAUUGAAUGGGCGAUGUAUGCGCAUAAUUUAUGAUCGGAAAUCAGAGACAGACACGCGAAAUGAAUCGGAAAACGGGGCGAUAUAUGCAUGUAUAUAUGGUAGAAUAUAUGUUUGGACAAGGGCCUGAAUACAUCGACUGGGUAUAAAUUAAUAAAUAAAUUAUGUAU